AAAAGCGCCACGGUGUAUUGUCAGAUUGCGUUGGGCAGGUUGUAAACACGGAGGCUCGGUCUGUGAGAGUGCCAGACGCUUUUGGCGACUCAACUACAGCCAGAGUGUGUGGGACUGCAUUUCAGCUCUUCAAUUGAUUGCAACUACUGGCAUUUAAAAUGAAUGCUGAUGGAAUUUACAUUUCGCCGGUGAAAGGCAAUGAAAAUGAGAUACCAAACAUUUCCAUCAGUGACUACCUCUUGGACAAAAUUAAGUCGCACAACCUGACCGACUCGGACAAGCCCUGGGUGAUCGAUGCUCGAACCGAGGUUCAGGUUUUAUUCAAAGACAUCGAGCCGCUCUCCAAGAAAAUCGCCAGCGGCUUGGCCAGGCUGGGUUUCAAGAAGGACGAUAUUUUAUAUUUCGUGACCUACGAAACUGCUCAGCUCUACUUGGUGCAAAUGGCAGUGUGGCGGCUCGGAGGAGCAGUUCGGGGCUGCUACCAGCAAGAGGCACCAGAGGAGUACGCACGACAGCUUCGAGAGACUCGGUCAAGGUUCAUUCUGAUCGACCCUGAAACGGAGGACCGCAUGAAACAAGCGGCGCAAAUGGUCCACUGGGAUAUCUCGCUUUUGUCCUUUGGAGAUGUGCAGAACGCGGUCUCUGUCGAAACGCUUUUAAAAGACGACGGCUCAGCAUUUCCUGAGAAGGUCGAAUUUGACAAGGAUGACGUGGUAAUUAUACCAAAUACGAGUGGAAGCACUGGACUACCCAAAGGCGUGCUCCACACGCAUGCAACUUACCUCGCACUCUCAUACAACCGCAAUGCUUUGCAAACACUGCUGAGUGUUUCAUUCAUGACUCCGAUGAGCAAUUACGCUGUGGGCAGCUUUAUGCUGACGGCCAGCUCGAUAGUUUAUGGCGCAACAGUUAUUCACUUGGGAAAGUUUGUCAGGGAGCAGUACAUCGCCAACUUAAUAAAGUACAAGCCAGGAAACUGUCUCAUGUAUCCGUUCGUCGCCACUUGGUUCGCGAGGUGUGAUGAUUUGGAUCAGGUAGAUCUGAGCUUUUUGAAAAUGAUUUCGUGCGGCGGAUCCGUGUUGGACGCGACAACCGCUGAGCUCAUAGUGAAGAAGAUGCCCCACGUCAAAGUGGUUCAAUUUUACGGUAUGACGGAGACUCUUGCUGUGGCCAACACGGAAAUUAUGAGGGCGGAAGACGAGUUGGACAAGAAAAUAGUUUUGACAGAAAACGAAGGAGAAAUUUGCGUUUCGUGUGGAAAACUGAACCCAUACGUGCAAGUUAAGAUUAUUGACGAGCAAACUGGCGAAAAUCUAGGCCUGAGGAAAAAAGGGCUCAUCCACGUCAAAUCACCAAUGAUCAUGAAAGGCUACCUGUCAGAACACAGCAGAGAGCCCGUUAAGAAAGACAUCGACAACGACGGCUGGUUCAAAACAGGUGACGUCGGAUUUUUCGACGAAAAAGGAAACAUCUACAUUUUGGAACGUGUCAGCUUCAUGUUCAAGUACUUCAUGUUCAUCGUGUCCCCAACCGAGAUCGAGGUGGUUCUGCAAGAGCAUCCGGACGUGCUGCAGGUUGGCGUGGUGGGGGUGCCGCACCCUGAGAGCACCAGCGUCGCCAGAGCAUUUGUGGUGCUCAAAAAAGGGCGCACCUGCAGCAAGGAGGACUUGUGCCAGUUUGUGGCCGACCGGUUGCCGAAUUACAAGCAUCUGCACGGAGGGGUGGUCUUUGUCGACAGCCUCCCCGAGAGCAGAGGCAACAAGCUGGACAGACCAGCACUCAUAAAAAUGGUUAUUGAGCAGGGUGUUUGAAUGUUCACGUGAAAGGUGUAAUUUUUAAUAAAAUAUUUUUAACGUUAAA